AUGGUUUCCUUUUCGGCUACAAACGUUGUUGUAGACAAUAGGUAUGCUUGGCCCGCUGAAAAGACUUGCCUCAAAGUUCGAUUCCUCGGCGGAAGCUCAUGGGAGAGGAAGACGGUGGAGCACUAUGUGACCAAGUAUUACCACGAGGUGCCGAUGCGCGUGAGAUUCGAGUUUCUCGAUGACGAUGCUUCUGUUCCUUCCGACAUCCGCAUCCGAUUUGGUCACAAGAAUCGGUCUCGAGUUGGUCGCAACGCCCAAAAGUACCCGGAUCUACACACCAUGGAGUUGAACCUCUACCCGCCCAGCCAUCUCAGCAGGGAUGAGCAGCAAGACAGACGGCGACGCUCCAUCUUGCACAUGUUUGGCCAUGCUCUGGGUAUUCAGCUUGAGUAUGACCAUUCGGGGAAGUCCGACACCGUGGCUUCACAGUCAGACGAUUUCUGGAGCACCCUGAGCGACAUCACCAGCGGCGUUGACCAACGCUCCAUCAUGCACUGCCAGGUCGGCGAGUGCAACACCUCUGAUGGAGAAGAAGCAACUGGACCGUUCAACACGACGCUUUCGGACGGCGACAAGAAGCUUCUCGCCACCAUGUACCCCAGGUGUGAGCUGAGGAAGCCCGCCAAGGCGCCAGCAAGGACAUUGAAGCCCUCUCCGAAGCCAGCAACGAAGUCGGCGGCGACAAAAUCGUCAAAGUCGCUCCAGAGGCCAAGAGACGAAUAUGCUUCCGCCCCAGUCGCCAAAGCAAAUCAUACAAGCGUUGAAGGAUGCGAUCCUUCCAAGGCCACCGUUAUUAGUGGCUGCGGUACAUUCAACGUUGACGGCGGAGGCUACGUUACCCUCUCUGGGUGUGGAAAUGUCUGGGUGGACGGGAAUGGUUAUGCAGAGAUCUCGGGUGUUGGCAAGGUGUGCUUCAGUGGCACGGGCACGGGCAUGGUGACGGGCAUUGGCGAGAUCUGCUCCCAUGUUAGCAUGAAGAAGUAG